UCGUUAUUCGUUAAAAACUAACUUUUGGCUUAUGCAUAAUAAUUUAAAAAGUCAAUUAAGUUCAAUUAACGAUUGGAACAUUCGACAUUUUGUAUGGAAGCAUAGUUUUUUUUUGUAUGUUUAGUUCGAAAGAAGAAGUGUAACGAAUCGGAUACAAGUAAAAAUCUAUGCGAACAAUAUUUAGUGUUCUUGGGUAAACUUAAACGGUCAGUGAUAAGUGUGCACCGUAUACAUAAGUUCCAGAAGAAAGUGAUACUUUCCUGCUAAAUACACCGGCGUGUUCAGCGAUUACACAAGAACUGUUAAAAAAUGAUCGACGACGAUUCCAUACCGAAUAUACCAGACUUCUUUCGAGGUCGAGAUGUAUUUAUUACUGGAGGUACCGGCUUCAUGGGCAAAGUAUUGAUCGAAAAGCUGUUACGAUCUUGUCCGGACAUCAAUAACAUAUUCAUUUUGAUUCGAUCGAAGAAAAGCAAAAGUCCACAGGAAAGGAUUAAGGCACUUCAGGAUCUGCCGGUUUUUGAUCUGUUGCGAGAAGAUAAUCCGAAAAAUUUCGACAAAAUGGUACCCAUCCUCGGAGAUGUGAUGGAACUGGGAUUAGCUAUAAACGAAGAGGACAAAUUGCGCAUGGCGAAUGUUUCGGUUGUAUUCCAUUCGGCGGCAAGCGUUCGCUUCGAUGAUCCAUUGCACGAAGCAGUCAUUAUGAACACACGUGGCACGCGCGAGUUAAUGCUGUUCGCAGAAACAUUAAAAAAUCUGACAGUGGUCGUACAUGUCUCGACGACAUACUUCAAUCCGCUACAGAGAGUUGUAUGUGAAAGGACGUAUGCAGCAAACGGGGAUUGGAAGGCGACGAUUAAAUUAGCAGAAGAUUUUCCCGAAGUGCUAGAUGUGCUCACGGAGAAGUACAUAAAUUAUGAGCCGAAUACAUACACGUUUACCAAGGGAUUAGCAGAACAGGUUGCCAUCGACUUUCAACACCGGCUUCCUAUUAUCAUUUUUCGACCUUCAAUCGUUAUUUCUGCCAUGGAAGAACCGAUUGCAGGUUGGGUCGAUAAUUUUAAUGGCCCGGUCGGCCUGUUAUUAGCAAGUGGAAUCGGUAUUUUACGAACAACAUAUGGAGAUCCAGACAUUGUUUCCGAUUUUACGCCCGUCGACACUUCCAUUAAGGCAAUGAUUGUUGCAGCCUGGAAAAGAGCCACACAGCCGUCGAGCGAACCGAUAGUCGUGUACAAUUGUUCAACGUCUCUACAACGUAAGUUCACGACUGGAUUCAUAGUUACUAUGGGAGAAGAGUUGUCUUCUCACAUUCCAUUUGACAAAAUGCUUUGGAGGCCUGGUGGAAGCAUCACGAAAUGUCGGUAUCACAAUUUUAUCAAGUUCAUCGUAUUUCACAUCUGUACCGCUUACAUUGUCGACACCAUAUUCAAGAUCAUCGGCCAGAAGCAAUUUUUGGUGAAACUGCAACGACGUAUUUAUGCCGCCAAUUUAGCAUUAGAGCAUUUCAUGCUCACGCAUUGGGUAUUCGAAAACGACUGUUUCCUGAAAUUACACGACGAUAUCAAACCGUGUGACAUUAAAAGUUUCCGGUAUGACAAUUUUAUAACCGUGGACGUGAGGGAAUUUUUUAUGGAUUGUAUGCUGGGCGCACGAAGAUACUUAUUACAUGAGAAAGAUGAAAAUUUACCGAAAGCCAGGUUGAAUUACAAGCGAAUGUAUCUUCUCGACAAAGUGGUGAAAUUAGUAUUUUAUCUCGGAUUUAUAUAUUUCGUUCUUCUUAAGGCGGGUGUGCUUGCAUUAGUGUUUGGCGAAUAAAAUGCAACCGAACAAAAUUUAUUUUAUUAAAUUUGGGAUUUAUAGAGGAAAUUGAACAGAAAUUAAAAAUUUUUACGAUAAAAAAAAA